UUUAUCAUCUUUGACAUUGACAGUUCCUUUUUGGUACUUGUGCCCUGUGCGGUGACGGUGAUACGAAUUCGUUUUCCACGUUUGGCUUUUUUGUUCCGGUCUCAAAAAUAAAAGUGCAUAAAAUAACUUUAAUUUAGAAUAGUCUUUUUAAAAUGCCACCUAAAAAAGUCGAGGAACCCGAAAAGAAGCCACUGAUUGGUCGAGUGGGUACCAAUUUGCGAGUGGGAAUCGUCGGAGUGCCAAAUGUUGGCAAGUCUACCUUCUUCAACGUUCUGACUAAGAGCGCUGCUCCUGCUGAGAACUUCCCUUUCUGCACCAUUGAUCCCAAUGAAAGUAGGGUACCCGUUCCGGAUGAAAGAUUUGAUUUUCUUUGUGAAUAUCAUAAGCCACUCAGCAAAGUUCCUGCUUAUUUGAAUGUGGUAGACAUUGCAGGAUUAGUUAAAGGAGCUGCAGAAGGCCAAGGUUUGGGUAAUGCCUUCCUUUCACACAUAAGUGCCUGUGAUGCUAUAUUCCAUCUUUGCCGAGCUUUUGAGGAUCCUGAUGUGACCCAUGUGGAAGGAGAAGUGGAUCCUGUCCGUGAUUUGGAAAUUAUUUCUGAAGAACUGCGUUUAAAAGACGAAGAAAAACUUAUCCAAAACUUGGAUAAACUAGAGAAAGUUGUUGCACGGGGUGGAGAUAAGAAACUCAAACCAGAAUAUGAUUCUAUGUUGAAGGUGAAAUCUAUCCUUUGUGAUGAGAAAAAACAUUUGCGGUUUGCUGAUUGGAAUUUACAUGAUAUCGAAACAUUGAACAAGUACAUGUUUCUAACAACAAAACCUGCCAUUUACUUGAUAAAUCUCUCUGACAAAGAUUUCAUCAGAAAGAAGAACAAAUGGUUAGCAAAAAUCAAGGAAUGGGUCGAUAAGAAUGACCCUGGAGCCAUCAUAAUUCCAUUUUCGGGACAAUUUGAAAACAAUCUAGCUGAAAAAGACGAAACAGAACGGAAGAUAUAUGAAGAAGAAACUAAAUGCAAAUCAGUUCUGGACAAAAUCAUUGUCACGGGUUAUAAAGCAUUGCAAUUGGAAUAUUUCUUUACUGCUGGUCCAGAUGAGGUCAAAGCUUGGACUAUUCAGAAAGGAACUAAAGCUCCCCAAGCCGCUGGUCGCAUUCAUACAGAUUUUGAGAAGGGUUUCAUAAUGGCGGAAGUUAUGCAUUUUAAGGACUUUAAAGAAGAAGGCUCCGAAGCGAUGGCCAGAGCAGCUGGAAAAUAUAGACAACAAGGCCGGAAUUAUGUUGUCGUGGAUGGUGACAUUAUUUUCUUUAAGUUCAAUGCUGGAGCCGGUUUGAAGGAUGCCAAGAAGAAAUGAUGUCGCAUUGCUGUGGUUAUUAUAGUGAUUUUAUACUAUAACUUAAUAAUGUAUUCACAAAGCUUUUCUCCCUGAUUUCUAUCUACUUUUUUACGUAAUGUUUCAAAGAUAUUGGUUCUGCUUUUUAAAACAAUGAUGUUCAAUAAAAUAUAAAUUGAUUUUUUUGUUGAACUGAAAUAA